UUUCUCUGGUAAUUGUUAGUAAUUUUCGCGCGGUGGUUGUGGUACCGCAACCUCUUCUCGUGUGGCGGUUCAAGAUGGCAGUUGGUAAAAAUAAGGGGCUGUCCAAAGGCGGCAAAAAGGGCGUUAAGAAGAAGAUUGUGGACCCGUUCACCCGCAAAGACUGGUACGAUGUUAAGGCCCCCUCGAUGUUUGCCACCAGGCAGGUGGGCAAGACGCUGGUGAACCGUACGCAGGGUACGAAAAUCGCGUCCGAGGGGCUCAAGGGGCGCGUGUUUGAGGUGUCUUUGGCCGACUUGCAGAAUGAUAAUGAUGCUGAGCGGUCGUUCAGGAAGUUCAGGCUCAUUGCCGAGGAUGUUCAAGGUCGCAACGUCCUGACCAACUUCCACGGCAUGGACUUGACCACCGAUAAGUUGCGUUCAAUGGUCAAAAAGUGGCAAACUUUGAUUGAAGCCUCAGCUGAUGUCAAAACCACCGAUGGUUAUUUGUUGCGUGUUUUCUGCAUCGGCUUCACCAAUAAGGACCAGUUGUCGCAACGUAAAACUUGUUACGCCCAACAUACCCAGGUCCGUGGCAUUCGCAAGAAGAUGGUGGAAAUCAUCACCCGGGACAUCACCGGGAGUGACCUCAAGGAAGUCGUAAAUAAACUACUUCCGGAUUCGAUCGCGAAAGACAUUGAAAAGGCCUGCCAGGGGAUUUACCCACUUCAUGACGUGUACAUUCGUAAAGUGAAAGUCUUGAAGAAGCCGCGUUUUGAGCUUUCCAAGCUUUUGGAAUUGCACGGGGAUGGGGGCAAAGGGGGGUCGGGUGAGCCCGGGGAAGCGGGUGCUAAAGUGGACAGACCCGAAGGAUAUGAACCACCAGUCCAAGAGUCUGUUUAAUUUAAUUGUUUAUAAGAAAAAACAAAAAAUAAACGUUUGAAUACGA